UUACAGAUUCAGAAUUUGAAUUUGAAUUCAACUCAAAAUUAAAUACUCUAAUAAUAAAAACAAAAUCUCAACCCCCAUUUUGAAUUUUGAAAUAUGAACCCCAUUUUCAUAUCUUCAAAUCCGAAAGGGGGGAGAACACUGAAAACAAAAACAAAACAAAACCAGAAACUCUAAAACCCUAAUUACCCCGCCCCUUUCACUGCUAAUUACUGUAAUCUCAGACCCAAUACCAAAAAAGAUUGGAUCUUGAUUUUCGUUUUACUAGAAAAAUUGUUCAUUUUGGUGCAAUUUUAGUUAGUUGAUAAGGGUUUUUUCCAAAUUUCACAAAAAAAACCCAAUAAAGGUUCUUGAUUUUUGAAUUUUGAAGAAGAAGUAGACGAUGGAUGAUCGAGUUAUGAGUUCAAGAUCUCUGUUGGAUCCAUCUGUUAAUGGCCGCCAUGUUGAUACAAAGGGAGAAAAAAGGAGUAAUACAGAAUUGGGAGGAGGAGGAGGAGGAGGAGGAUGUAAACGAUUCCAAAUGCGAGAUCUUCGUGAUUCCGGAAUCGAAGCACAUCUUUCAGAAUCUUUUGUAAGCAAAGAAACAAAGGAGAAGGUGCACUUGAACAUAGUUAGAGAAACUUCUGAAAUUUUGAAUCCGGAAAUGGUGCCUGAUGCAUCACAAGCAUUGUCAACAAAAGCAGACUCGAUGUCUCUCAAUCCGAGAAAAUCCAACACUGUUAUUCAUCCUAUAGAUCUCAACACCGAAGCCGAGAUAGCUGACUACUCUGCUGCAGAUAUGGUUGCUGGUCGCUUGGAUCCUUAUAGCCAGCAUCCGUUGUACAAAAAGUAUCAAAAAAUUCAUGACACUACUGUUAAAACUUCUAAAGAUAUGGGUUUGGAUCUUAAUUCUCUGGGCGUCUCAACUUCAGUGCAGCAAAAUCCGUUUUAUCCUUACCAAAUGUCUGAUUAUGUGAAAUCUAAGGAUGCUUCGGAAUGUGGGAGUUGUACUGGUCCCUUGGAGGAAAAUGACUCAUUUAGAGCGUGGAAAGCAAUGAAAGAGAACGGCUUCUCCUCGUCUAAACAUGGAGGCAUACCACUACCAAAGCAAGGAAUAAGGAAAGCCAAAAAUGAUCUUAAGAAAAACAUGGAGAUUGCGAAGAGGGAACAAGUUAACAGGUUUGCAAAGAUUGCAGCUCCAAGUGGUCUGCUCAAUGGAUUGAACCCUGGGAUUAUUAAUCAUGUAAGAAAUAGUAACCAAGUUCACUCUAUUAUUGAGGCCCUAGUUAGAUCUGAAAGAAUGGAAAGUGGUACUCAGAGCAGGCCUGCCAGCCAUUUGGAAAGAGGUGAGGAAACAUAUUAUACAAGGAAAGAUUCGGAAACUAUGCUUGAUUAUGGAGCGACACAAUUUGGUCAUUCCCUUCAAACUGAACAUACAAAUGCCUCACUGGAAGGUACAGAUUUUUCAACCAUGUACCAAAUGACUUCAAGUUCAGACCAGACACAUGGACACAGUUAUCCAGACUUUGCAGAGAGAAGAAUUUGUGGUCAUACUUCUAGCUUGUCGCAGCUUUCCUCACACUGCAUGGAUGAAAAUGUCCAGAUGAAGUUACUAUCAUCUGCUAGUAAUGGGUCUGAAAAUAUGAGCACUGUUACUAAUGAAGAUUCAGAAGAACAUGCAAGUGAAUUUUCCCUUUCUGUAAAAGCUGCAAAUGUAGCUUCUCAAUGGUUGGACCUUCUUUCUCUCGACAUCAAAGGACGUCUUGCAGCAUUGCGGCGCAGUAAGAAGAGAGUUCAGGCUGUAGUGCAGACAGAAUUGCCUUUCCUAUUCUCAAGAGAGUUCUCAUCCAAUGAAGAAAAUGACCCGUCAUCACAUAUGCAUCGAGCAAGAUGGAGUGCUAUUUUUGAUCAAAUGGAUAAAACACUCACUGAAGAGGCAAAUCAUCUAGAAAGCGGGUUGAACCAAAUAAGGCAAAUGCAGUUGCAUUGUGAUCAGGGUUUGCGAUGUGUUAACUUGUAUGAUAUGGAGCUACUAGGCAGAUCAAAUAUUGAACACAGAGUAAAGAAAGAAAAAAUGGCUGUCAGGGCAGCUGCAGCUUCCAUCUACUCAACCUGCAACUUGUUGAUGGGCACAGAAAAUUCUUCCUCUUUCUGACUUUUCUCGAGUCUUGUCUUCCGGUCAUAACCCUUCCACGACAAAAAUAUAACUCAUUUAGGAAAUUCUCUUUUCCUUGUUUGUUUUGUAGUUGUCAAAAUAGAGAGUAGUUCAUUUACAAAAACAAAAGCUGAUGCCAGAUUUGGUCAGUUUUUAACUCCUGACCAGUGGAGAGAACUUUUUUAUUUUUUUCCAUUGUUGCCGGACAAAGACCGUGGUAAAAGUAAAUGUACUUUCAACAAUUCGU